UGGAGCACAGGAUGCUGUAUUAAAUGUUAAGCUUCGCCUGUUCUAAAAGUGAAAGGCGACAUCCACUAAUAGACUAGUCUGUGGGUGAGGCGUACGGCUGGGAAGGGCUCACUCUGACUCUGCAGCUUCCCAAGGCAGCAGGAGUAGCAGCUGAUCUUUCUGCCUCAGCCAUGGCAGAAGCUGUUAUAAGACACUGGGUGGAAACUCCUGUACGCUACCAGGAGCACUUUGCUGACCAAGAGCUGGAAACACACAAACUGAACCACCUUUUAUACGCUUUGCCAGGCCCUGCUACAGCAGCACUGAGCAACCAAAGACGCACCACGGAAAGCACGACUGGGGCAGGGGAGAGUGGCCAGGAGGAGGAAAACACACGCUUCCAGGUCUUGCUGGAUGUUGUGCAGUUCCGUCCCGAAGAUAUCAUUAUCCAGACUUUCGAAGGCUGGCUCCUGAUUAAAGCUCAACACGGACCCAGGAUGGAUGAACACGGUUUCAUAUCCAGAAGCUUUACCAGACAGUACAAAUUACCUGACGGGGUGGAGAACAAAGACUUGUCUGCACUUUUCUGCCAUGAUGGCAUUUUGGUUGUUGAAAUGAAGAACUCGGUGGGAAAGAAUUAGAACCUUGUCUGUAGUAAUUGGUGAGAUAAAAUCAUUCUUAAUUAAUAUAACAAAGUAAUAUCAUUCAUGCAACGCUGUAGAGUGUGGUAAGCAUGUGGCUGUAUUUAUAUUACAGUAAAGGAAAGCCUUUGCAUAUGUUUUUCAGUAUGCUGAGUUUAUUGUUUGAUGUGAAUGUUAGACUGUUUGCCUCCAGCUACAUAUAUGUUGGAAAUCCAGGCUGCCUGAAGAGUAGCAAACUUAGGCUAGUCUCAGCAGGAGAAAAAAAAAAUCUAUUUUAUAAUACAUUAAAAAUAAAGUAUAUUUUUGAAUUAAGUAGGAGAAGUUGUAUUUCUAAAGAAAUAAGCAUUUGUCAUACAUAGUCAUAAAGAUUAAAGAAGCAAUAGACAAGUUGUAAGUUAGUUUUGAGUUGUGGGCAAUAGACAAGUUAUGGAAAUUUAAUUUAAGUAGCAAAAAAGGUGCUUUCUAAUUUCUGAAAUCAAAGUCUUCUCUUUGGAAAAGCAUACAAACUGAAAAAUACUAUCAAGAAAAAAAUCUCUAUUUCCACAGUUCAAGCUUGUAUACCAAAACAAGCCUUGAGAGACUAUUUUUAGAGGUGUAUUGCAUAUUUGAAACUGUAAGAAAAAAGAAUAAUCACUGACUAUAUUUGCUUGAAAACACAGUAAGUAGAAAUUAUACUUUCUGUCAAAGACAAAUUAAUUUAAAAGAAAACAUUUAAAGACAUUUUAGAAAAUUGGUUUUGUUUAACAUUUUCCACUAUGUUAUCAACUGAAGAAAAAAAUUUUUGCUUACAAAUGCUGAAAAGGAUCAAAUUCUUCAUUGUGAAACCUGGUAAUAAAAAGACAUUACUCUUACACAAAUGCCUUUAUUCUUAUGCAUUUUAGGUAGUCUUGUUAUUCAAUCAGAUGAGUAUUUUAUUCUUCAUGUUGCUUGACAAUUUAGGCUGAGAUUCCACAACUCUCUCUUCAAGAGCAAAUUUUUCUGCCUGUGUAUAGUCCCACUCUCUCUGUAAGAACAUGUGCUCUACAUGAAUCUAAUUUUAAGUGAAGAGGUUCCUUUUACUACAGACACAGGUUUAGUUUCUGUUCAACUCUUUCAUGAGAGUGGCAGAGAUGAAAAAAUAUCCACCCACUAUAUCUAGUAUCUGGUCUUCUCAACAUUAAAAAGAAAUAAUGCUGUGAGUUUGUAAAUACUCACACAUUUGAGGGGAACUGCAGCUGCAAGUUGGACUGCCUCCUUUUAUGUCUACUGGAGAUGGGUAUGUCUGCUGUGCUAUGAAUAGUAAAGGAAUGCGGAAUGGAAAGUGCCAAGUUAAAUACAGACUCUAUCAUAUCCAUCUGCCGUUUGGACAAAUCAAAAACAUAAUCAAAUGAAACUGACUACAAAUACAAUUUUAAGAAUACAAGAAAAAUCUGAUUAACAAAGCCCAGGCUCUUGCUAGCUGAAGCCAAAGAGAGUUCCUUAGUUUAAACGAAAGUUCUAAGCUUGUAAGUUUGCACGUGUCCAUUUAUUAGAGUUAUUACAUCAUGGUUGUUUAGACUCAAAGAUAUUUGAAGCAACUGAUUUUAGAAAAGUGGGUACUACAAUUCUGAUAUUUUAUCAUAAGGAAUCUGUACAAGAAAUGCAGAAUAAAAUCUGAAUUGUAAAUUUC